UGGAAGAACAUUGAUUCGGAAACGAAAUAUUCUCUAAGUUCUUCAAAUAUUUAUAUUCAUGUAAAAUAAUUUGAAGACUGUCAAAAGGUUUGAUUUGGCAAUGAACGUUGUUUCGUGACAUUUAAAAAAAAAAAUUUUAAUUAUAUGAUAGAAUUGCAUAAUUAUUUUUAAGCAUUUAGCUUAGAAUGCAGUAAUUAUGCAUUGUAUGUUCAUAAUUGUGCUCUCAGCCGUAUUUUCUAAUGUUACAUAUAACAAUACACACUGUUGAAAUCAUAAAAAUAAUCAUUUCUUUAACAUUUAAAGUAUGUUAGCAUUGCAUCAUUAUUGUUCGCGAUUGCAUAAAAGCAAGAAAAGCAGGAGCUGAUAUUUGAAAUUAUUGUUUCAGUCGAUUAUUAUUGUAUUGGGGUUCCCAGCUUGAAGCUACGUAUGUCCCUGACUGAGAAUUGAUACAGUGAUGAUGGACCAGGAGGAACAUUUGGUAGAAAACAACCAACCAAGAUUCUGUACACCUUCCACUGCUAGACAUCUUCGUCGUAAACGAUUACAUGAUGCUCGUAAGGCUGAAAAACAACAAAACUGUUCAUUCAAUGGGAUAAAUGUUGAAUCUAUCCCAGAAUCUGUUGCUAAGAAAGAUGUUGAUGUUGAACCGAAAGCUAUAACAAAGUCUAAAGCUCGUAGACUGAGAAAGAAGAAUAAGACAAAGUCACUGCACAUUUGUUGUUUGUACUGUGAGUCGUAUUGUAAAAAUCCCUUACCUGUUACCGAAAAGCUUAGCGAUCAAGAAGUUGCUGAGAAAGACACGGAGGACAUACAAACAAUAACUAAGUCCAAGGCUCACAGGUUACGGAAUGCCUACAAUUCGCCUAUAGAACCAUUUUUAAAGUAUAUUAAAACGGCAAAUUACGAUUCAAUUUGUUGUGCCAAACUUGAGACAGAUAUUGUUAAUAAUCUCAAGCAAAAAGCUGUUGAAACACAGGUUUAUAAUGCUCACAGCAAUGAAGAACAAACAGAAUUAACACCAGAGAACGUACAGUCCGAAGAAAAUUGCCCAAAAUUAUCAUGUUUGUCCAAAUCACCACCUGGACCAUUGAGAUUUGAAAAUGAAAUACAAAGUCAUCAUGAGAAACACAAUGAAGAUUCAAAGGAUGUAGUAGUUGCAUCGCAAUUUAAAGAAAAGAUAAUAGAAACAAUUCGAACUAGAAUUAAUUGUAUAAAAGAAGAUACUUCAUUGCAGGUGCUUGAAACAAAACAAAUCGACAGCUUGGACAAUAUUCCCGCUCCACAAGAAUUAGUGAAAUGCGUUGAUCUCGUAGCAGCCGAUGAAAGUACCGAAUUAUCUAAUGCACAACGCUGUACACAAAAUGCUUGUAAGUUAGGAUUCUGUGGUAUUAAACCAAAUGAAAAUAUUACAUUGUUAGAUAGAGACAUAAAUAAAUUAGAAGCCGGUGUGCAGUCUCAGAUAGGAACAACAUUGUCUUCUGAAGGAGAGCUCCUUGAAAACGUGAAAAACUUGAAAUUCGAUAAUUCUUCUAAAGUCGAUAGUAAAACUUUAGCGCGAGAAGAUAAUAAGUUGUCCUCUGAUGAUAGUGAAUUACAAGAUAAGUCUUCUAUUUCUGUUAUAAAAAAAAGCGCAGAGAGUGUUACUUCAACCAUGGUACAAUCGGAGACCGGAUCAUCUACCGAAGGGAACACAUCCGGAAAAGAAGUUACAAGUUCUAAGGAAGAGGUAUCCUCCGCGCAAGAUACUAACAAUUCAUUCAAUACAGGUUUUCCAUUAGGUAACACCGAUCUAGACAGAUUGGGAACAGCGCCAUUAUUAAAAUCGCCGGGACCUGCAAGGAUGACCGAGAAUAAAAUGAAUAUCCCGGAAAAAACAAGAGAAGAAGUAAAAGGAGAACGUGCAGCGAAGAAAGCGGCUAAAGCGCUUGCAAAAGCAAAGGCAAAAACUGAUAAGGAACAAAAUAAAAAUAGCAUCGGCGCCAAGGUUACAGCCUCUGAUAGUACUAAGAAUAAACAGGCUACAGUGACAUUAGAAAAUGCGCCUGGUGAAAAUAUUCAAAGUCCAAAUACAACCGAUAAAGCUUGUAAUACAUCCGUGAAGAAAAGUGCACCAUUAGAAGUGAACACCGAAGGGAAAAGUAAAGCAGAGUUACGCGCUGAAAGAAGAGCGAAACAGGAAGCACAAAGAGCAGUGAAGCAACAGCUUUUACAGGACAAAAGUAAAGUAAAAACUAAAGAGACUGAAGAAAAUAAAACACGAACGACGCAUCAACUUACAGGUGAAGCUGACGUCGUCGUGAAAAAGCCUGUACCGCCUAAGAAAAGUAUUCUAAAAGAAAAUGCCCACGAAAUAAAUUUAUUCAAACAUUUGUACCAUGAAAGAGAGCAAGCAAUCGUUGAUGUUCUAGCGGUUAACUCGCACAUACAUCCAGCGAUAGUCAGACUAGGUACUCAGUACGCGCGAAAAGUGAUAGUAGGUAGCAAUGCACGAUGCGUGGCACUUCUAGCUGCUGUGAAGCAGCUUAUUCAAGACUUUGAGCGGCCUUCCCAGGCAGACUUUAUCAGAGGUCUCGAGGCGAGCUUGCUAGAGUCCAUGGCGUAUUUACAUCAUUGCAGGCCAUCAGCCGUUUCUAUGCAAAAUGCGUUGAGGCAUCUGAUGAGACAAAUGACACAAUUACCACCUGCAUUAUCCGAUGCAGAUGCAAAAUAUAAAUUAUGCAACGCCAUAGAUACCUACAUUCAUGAACAAAUAGAACUUGCUGACAAGGCAAUAUCGCUAACCAUUCAGAAAAAAAUCUCUCAUGGUGAUGUUAUUCUGACAUACGGCUACUCGUCCUUAAUUCAUAAAAUCCUACUCGACGCGCACACGGCGAAUAAACAGUUUCGCGUUAUCGUUGUCGAUGGAAGGCCUUGGUUAGAAGGGAAAGAACAGCUCAGACGUCUAGCGAAACACGGCAUUGAAUGUUCUUAUAUUUUAAUUAAUGCUCUGAGCUACGUAAUGCCAGAAGUGAGUAAAGUCUUCCUGGGUGCUCAUGCGAUAUUGGCCAAUGGUGCGGUAAUGUCGAGAACCGGUACUGCCCAAGUUGCCUUAAUGGCGAGAGCCUUCAAUAUUCCAGUGUUAGUGGCCUGUGAGACCCACAAAUCCUAUGAACGUGUACAGACGGAUUCUAUUGUUUAUAACGAAUUAGGCGAUGCGGACGAACUUGCGCAGGGAUAUGGCACAAAGAAAUCCCAGCUCGCCAAUUGGAAAACCAAGAAAUCGUUGAAUCUUUUAAACAUUACGUAUGAUGUUACACCAGCUGAUCUGGUUACGGCUGUUGUUACAGAAUUAGCGAUUUUACCGUGCACCAGUGUUCCUGUGAUCUUACGAAUUAAACCAUCUGAGAUUUAACUCUUCGCGACAAUUAAUCGUAUAGUGUGUAAAACGAAAUAUUUUAUAAAAUUCAGUAUCUCUAAAAUUAAUUGAGAUACGAAGGUUUUCUUUCUUUAAUUGUCAUUUGGUAUUAACUAGUAUUCUUGAAGGUAACCAUGUAUCGAAGUAAUAAACCCGGUAAAAUCUAUGAUUAAUCUUUCGUAUUGGUUUCACUCGAGUCUUUGUAAUAAUAGUUCUUGUCAAAGGAAUAUACUGCAUAUAUAAAGAAAUAACAGUGAAACUUUCAUAUCUUAUUUAUUUUUAGAAAUAUCUGUGUCUAACACACAUGUAGCUUUAUGAUAUUCAUACAUUUUUUAUUUGCAUCUUCAGAGGAAUCAACAUAUGUAACAUUAUAUAUUGUGUUAUGUAUUUCGAAAUAAACGAUCAGAGAAGCGUGGAAACCAUCUGCAAUAUUUGCAAUAUAUUUGGAAAGCGUUGUUACAAGGAAAGUUCUAUCGGGAUUGAAAUAAAAUUAAAAAUUCAUUGGAAAUACAAGAAGAAUCUUAAUUUUAUUGAAUGUAAGAGAUAAUGUUUUAAGUAUGUGUAAUCUUCAAUUUCAAUAUCAUUUCAAAUUUAUGACAUCACA